UAUUAAUUCCAAUUAUUGCAAAAAUGAGAGAUUUCAAUUUUCAACCAAACAAAAAUUAUAAUAAUUAAAAAAGGGCUAAAAUUUGCCAUUUCAUUUGCCUUUGCAUUUGAGUUUCAUUUCAGACUGCUCGUUUCCCUUUAUUUUUAUUCUCCUCUUUUAGCAUUUUCAUUUCUAAGCAGCGCUGCGAUCCAAAUAAGUAACCACCAACGCUUGGCGGAUCAAAAUCAACCGAUCCGACCGCUUUUUUUUUCUUUGUGUUUGUUUAUCUUUUUCCACGAUUUUGCGGCCAGUGGUGAAAGGGGGAAUUGGGUGAUCGGACAGUGGAGGAACAAGGAUGCCGUCUCAGGGAGAUCUGGAUCGUCAGAUCGAGCACCUGAUGGAGUGUAAGCCGCUGUCUGAGGCGGAGGUGAAGGCGUUAUGCGAGCAGGCACGAGCAAUACUAGUGGAGGAAUGGAACGUACAGCCUGUGAAGUGUCCGGUAACGGUAUGUGGAGAUAUUCAUGGACAGUUUUACGAUCUAAUAGAGCUGUUUCGGAUAGGAGGGAAUGCGCCUGAUACAAAUUAUCUCUUCAUGGGAGAUUAUGUAGAUCGUGGGUACUACUCGGUUGAGACUGUCACACUCUUGGUGGCACUAAAAGUCCGUUAUAGAGAUAGAAUCACAAUUCUUAGAGGAAAUCACGAGAGCCGUCAGAUUACACAAGUGUAUGGUUUUUAUGAUGAAUGCUUGAGAAAAUACGGAAAUGCUAACGUAUGGAAGCAUUUUACAGACCUGUUUGAUUAUUUACCCCUCACAGCUCUUAUUGAGAGUCAGAUAUUUUGUUUGCAUGGAGGACUUUCACCAUCGUUGGACACAUUAGACAAUGUUCGAGCAUUAGAUCGUAUACAGGAGGUUCCUCAUGAAGGACCAAUGUGUGAUCUCUUGUGGUCUGAUCCUGAUGACCGCUGUGGAUGGGGUAUAUCUCCGCGUGGUGCUGGUUAUACGUUUGGACAAGAUAUUGCAGCUCAGUUCAACCAUACCAAUGGUCUCAGCCUGAUUUCAAGAGCCCAUCAACUCGUCAUGGAAGGAUACAAUUGGUGUCAGGAGAAGAAUGUGGUGACUGUCUUCAGCGCCCCAAACUAUUGUUACCGAUGUGGGAACAUGGCUGCAAUUUUAGAGAUUGGGGAGAAUAUGGACCAGAAUUUUCUUCAGUUUGAUCCGGCACCUCGGCAAGUUGAACCUGACACCGCACGCAAGACUCCUGAUUAUUUUUUAUAAUUCUUUUUUAAUUCAUAUAAUAUAUACUACAUAUAAUAUAUAUUCCUGCUAUAGCUGUUUCUAGCCCCUGUUUGGAAGCGAGAAGCUAUUUGUUGGUUUAAGUUGAGGGUCAUCGACAAGAUCAUUCAUUCAUUGGGUUUGUUAAUUUUGCUUUAGAAUCGCAUAGCAGUACUGAUGAAGGUUCCCCAAUGGGCCCUCGUCUGUAUAUUUCUUAGAAUUAGGGAGGAGCAUCAAUAACGUGUUUAUCAUGUGUUCUGUAGUUUUGCAGUUUCCAGGGUGAGUUUCUAGCAUUAUUAUUCGUACGGCUAUUUGUAUGGCUCCCCGGGAUUACACCAGUAAACAUAAGAUACCAAAACCAAAUUUACGCCAA